AUGGAUUUCAAGGAUGAGAAGCAGUUCGUACAUGUGGACAUUGAGGAAUCAAUGACUGACACAGUUGUCACUCAGCAAACAAGCGUCGUCACCACCCAGCAACUAGGUGUCGGCACCACCCAGCAACAAGUCGUCGUCAAUCAAACUCCAUCCGCUAUGAUUGCUAGGCGCCAAUGGAGCACCGGCCUAUUCGGCUGCUUUUCAGACAUUGACUCAUGUCUGGGUGGUCUGUUCUGUGGCCCAUUCUUCAUCUGCCACUUAGCAAAUAAGGCCGGAGAGUGUUGUUGUGCACCUUACUGUGUCCCAGGAGCAAUGAUUGCCAUUAGGAUGAAAGUCAGAACUCGACUUAACAUUCAGGGAUCUUUGUGUACCGAUUGUUGUGUGUUAUGCUGCUGCGGAGGUUGCGCAGCCUGUCAGAUGCAUCGGGAGAUCAACAACUCAGCCAAUGGUUCCUUGCAAUGAGGCAAUAGCGCCUUCACCGUAGCAACUUUGACUGGCCAUCAUUAUAUCAACCGAUUAUAAAUCACAUGCUUUAUUUUAAUAUUAACGUAGUUUACUAAUCAAAAUGGUGUAAUUAUUAGACUUGUUCGACAUCUUUUCAUCUGUACAAUUUUUAAUUAUUGUAACGAAUUUUAAGAUUUUAUUACUGUUUUUAUCGAGAGAACAUUUUUGCGGAUUGAUUCAAUCUUAAAGCCGGUUUUCCACUAGGCGAAUUUAUUCGCGCGAAUCGAAGGCGUCGGUUUGGUUCCUGAGCUCUGAUUGGUUGCGUACAUUUUUCGCUUCGCAAAAAGUAGAAACAGUACGAACUACCAAUUUCGCUGAAGCGAAAACUCCGAUAGAAAUGUGAAUGCGCAUGAGCAUGAACGACGCUUUCGAUUCGCGCGAAUAAAUUCGCCUAGUUGAAAACCGGCUCCCUGGAACGCCCUCAGGGGAGAAUUCGCGAAGCUAAUGGCUAUGAUCUGUUGGUUAUGUAGAUGAAAAGGCGGAAAACCGAUCUGUGUCUUUCGUUUAAGACGCAACUCAGAGCUGCAAUUUGCAGUGUGGGGACGUUUAUUAUUGAGAUUUCCUAUUAAAUUUAUACAGUAAAACAUAUUAAUUUGUUGUGACGUCACUUUUAUGACGUGUUCAUUGGGUUUGACCAUAGAGGAAUUAGUCUAAACCAAGGAGGUAUUAUAUUACUACAAUAUCUCUGUGCCUACAAUUCCUCCAUGGUUUGAAUAGGUGUGUGAUUGUUCACAAUAUAAAAGCUGCUUACGCUCUGAUUUGCUCAAGAUCUGAUAAACACGUACGUUACGUGUUACAAAAUUGUGAGUUGUUCUUAGGCCUAUUCCGGAUUUGAAAAGUGUUCACAUGUUUUCCAAGUGUAGCCAAUUUCCGUGUCCUCGGCUAUCACACUACAUGUUUUGGCACAAAAUGUACGGCAAAUUUUAAAGCGUGACAAUACGAACAUCAUAGCAUGUAACUCUCCCUAAGGCCGUCUCCAAAUUGAAGAUGGUCGUGAAGUUUACGCACUCACGACCAUCUUCAUAAAGUUAUACCCCAUACCACACUUUUUGUACUCUGAUUGCCGCACCCACAGUCAACCAUACGUCUCAUAACACCCAACUAUUUCGUAUAUCUUUUCCCACUCUCAUGCAUCAUGCUCCUUGAUGUAUUUUCACACCUCCAUACCUCUGUAAAGUCUGUAUACUUCCCAUGACGGAGAUGAUUCGUUCACAAUUUGUUGCAUCUAACCUUCUAUAUACAUUUAUUGAUUUUGUAAGAAUAUAAUUACCAUUGUUUUAGCCAUUCAAAUUUUGUAAGACUUUCGGACCUGAGUAGUGUAGUCUAUCUAUAUUAAUUGCACUCAGCAUGCAGUUUUGUCGGUAACGCUCGGGUGUUCGGUUAACACGGUUCGCCUUCAAAAGUCUGACUGUCCGGCUGGUCAUGAUAGGCACUUUACCUAGUAACUCCACCGACAACUUGUAACUUUUGUUACAAGUAUAAACGAACACAUGUUUUAAAUGACCCUGCUAAUAAUGUUAAUAGCUUAUAGGUGUUUUUUUUUUCCUUUUUUUUUUUCUUUUUCUCUUUAAUGAUUUUAUGAAUAAACAUUGACUAUACUUCUGUUGUGUUUUUGAUAUGUAUGCUUUUACAUCAGUUUUACAUUGCAUUUAUUAUAUUAUGUGCUUGUUUUUAUUUAUUUAUCUACUUUUAUUUACUUUAUUUUAUUAUUACAUAUUUUUAUUUUUUUAAUUUAUUUAUUUAUUUAUUUUA